AUGUUUUUCCUCCCACCCACUUUCGAGUCCCCCCUCCCCCCUCGCACGCACUCUAGCUCUCGCCACAACCUGCGAGUCCCAGACUUCGGAGGAGCGCCCCGGGGAGCUCGGAGCGCCUGCACGCGUGGACCACGGAGGAGGCCGGUGGCCAGCUUGAGUACACUGGGCCCUGAAAGUUUCAAGUUGCCUUUUGCACUGGCCAGAAUGAGAAAAAAGUGGAAGAUGGGCAGCAUGGGAGGCAUGAGAUACAUCUUUUCCUUGUUGCUGUUCUUUCUUUUCCUAGAAGGAAGCAGAACAGAGCAAGUAAAACAUUCAGAGACAUAUUGUGUGUUUCAAGACAAGAAGUACAGAGUGGGUGAGAGAUGGCAUCCUUACCUGGAACCUUAUGGGUUGGUUUACUGCGUGAACUGUAUCUGCUCUGAGAAUGGGAAUGUGCUUUGCAGCAGAGUCAGAUGUCCAAGCCUUCAUUGCCUGUCUCCUGUGCAUGUUCCUCAUCUUUGCUGCCCUCGCUGCCCAGAAGACUCCUUACCCCCAGCGAACAAUAAAGUGACCAGCAAGUCGUGUGAAUACAAUGGGACCACUUACCAACAUGGUGAACUGUUCAUGGCUGAAGGGCUCUUUCAGAACCGGCAACCCAACCAGUGCACCCAGUGCAGCUGCUCGGAGGGCAAUGUGUACUGUGGUCUCAAGACUUGCCCCAAGUUAACCUGUGCUUUCCCAGUCUCUGUUCCAGAUUCCUGCUGCCGGGUGUGCAGAGGGGAUGGAGAAUUGUCGUGGGAACAUUCUGAUGGUGAUAUCUUCAGGCAACCUGCCAACAGAGAAGCAAGGCAUUCUUACCACCGCUCACACUAUGAUCCUCCACCGAGCCGACAGGCUGGAGGUCUGCCCCGCUUUCCUGGGGCCAGAAGUCACCGGGGAGCACUCAUGGAUUCACAGCAAGCCUCGGGGACCAUUGUACAGAUCGUCAUAAAUAACAAACACAAGCAUGGACAAGUGUGUGUUUCCAAUGGAAAGACCUAUUCCCAUGGCGAGUCCUGGCAUCCAAACCUCCGGGCAUUUGGCAUUGUGGAGUGUGUGCUGUGCACUUGUAAUGUCACCAAGCAAGAGUGCAAGAAAAUCCACUGCCCCAAUCGAUACCCCUGCAAGUAUCCUCAAAAAAUAGAUGGAAAGUGCUGCAAGGUGUGUCCAGGUAAAAAGGCAAAAGAAGAACUUCCGGGCCAAAGCUUUGACAGCAAAGGCUACUUUUGUGGAGAAGAAACAAUGCCCGUGUAUGAGUCUGUGUUCAUGGAGGAUGGGGAGACCACCAGAAAAAUAGCACUGGAGACAGAGAGACCGCCUCAGGUAGAGGUCCACGUUUGGACCAUUCGAAAAGGCAUCCUCCAGCACUUUCAUAUUGAGAAGAUCUCCAAGAGGAUGUUUGAAGAACUCCAUCACUUCAAGCUGGUGACCAGGACAACACUAAGCCAGUGGAAGAUCUUCACUGAAGGAGAAGCCCAGAUCAGCCAGAUGUGUUCAAGUCGUGUGUGCCGAACGGAGCUUGAAGAUUUGGUCAAAGUUUUGUACCUGGAAAGGUCUGAAAAGGGCCACUGUUAG